CAAGCAAUCAUCACGAAUUCUUCCGAGGCCGCUGAAGUUUUUCCAUUUCGUCAAUCUCCGAGAACCUCUCUUUCCCAAGCUGCCAAUCCAAACGCCCCGACGACGACGACGACGACUCGUACCAGUCAAACCCGACCGGGGAAAUAGGAUCAACAGACAAAAUAGACGACGACUAGCUCUGUGUUCAAUUUUGUUUUUUUUUUCCCUCGAAAAAUAAAAUAAAAAGGGAAACACCUCGUUCGAUCCAUCACAUCCGAAGAAGACCCCGGGGAAUAUCAGGCUCCUUCAAGUUAAUAAAACCAACAAAAUGUCGUUCGCCAUCGCCAUGCGCCGAGUGGCCCUCGCGCCCUCGACACGUACCGUCGCCGCCCGCCGCUUCGAGUCCUCUGCCGCCAGCAAGGCCCAGAGCACCGCAAAGGACACGGCCAACAAGGCCGCACAGGGCCUGACCCGCGUCGCCAGCGCCGCCGGUCCCGCUAUCACCAACGCUGCUAAGGGUGCCUCUGACGCCUUGGGCAAGGUUGGUGGUCGCACAGGAAAGCUGAUCAAGUUCGUUGAGCGCCAGGUUCCCUUUGUCAUCUACUACACCAAGGUCGGCGUUGAGGUUGCCAAGAUUGUCUUCCGUGGCCAGCAGAUGACUCCCCCAUCAAUGCAAACCUUCCAGAACUACUUUCAAAACGUAUGGAAGCAGGUGCAGAACCCACAAGCUCUGAUGCGCCAGCUGUCGUCCAAGGUCCCUACCCAGAACCCGGCCGAGAGCGUCAAGAACAUCAGCGCAGCUCAAUGGACCGCCGCUGGUGUGCUGGGCGCUGAGCUUCUCGGCUUCUUCACCGUCGGCGAGAUCAUCGGCCGCAUGAAGCUGGUCGGCUACCACGGCGAGGUUGAGCACCACCACUAAUUUGCCUCUAUUGAAAGAUGGUAUGGCGCUUGGUUUUUGAAGAUGUUGGACGUGGAUGGGGAAGUCGCAAGGCAUGACGGCUGGGCAUGGAUGCAGGUUGGAGUUGAGAUUGGUUGUCACAGGUCGUCUCACCUGAGCCAACCAGCUCGUCCAUUCUCGACCAUCGAUCACGCGCGAUAUCUUUUGACUGCUGACUAGCUUACUGCAUCCCGUCUCCGGCAAGAUACACAUCGGAGCUGACGCAGCUGUCCCUAUUACUCCCAGACACGGCUGGAUAUCGAGCAAGCAACCAAUUCCAUUUCUUAACCCACCGAUUUCUUAGUCUUGAUUUACUCGGGAACUUUUGCUCUUUUCUCUACCAUACCUACGUUAUAUGGGUAUACUUUUUUUUCUUUAUUUUCCUUUGUUCAAAACAUCUUUUGACUGCAGCAAACAAAUGUACCAAUAGACCAAACCACCUGCAUAAAGGGAUAAAAGGCCUGAAAGGGAUCGGGAGAAGUGCGCUCUCAGAGCGUGGUUGAGAGGCAGAUGAAGAGGGGACGGCGGUGGAAGUAGGAAGGGAAUGAGAUAGGGAAACAAAUCACGCCCUUAGACACAGGAACUAAUGAAUGAUUUCGAUCCUCUUUAAGUCCUUGUCUUUUGCUUUCCCCAGCCCUGGUGUUUAGUCUCCCAGGACGGAUGUACUAACAACCCUCAGCCCUGAUAGUGUCGUCGUU